CGCAAGCGGAAAGCAAAACAUUCCACUCUUUAAAUUUUUCUGAGAAAAAUAUAUUAUUAGAAAUUCCAACUCUCGAUUUUCGAUUUAAUUGGAUAGCAACUUUGGAAGAAUCUGGUUUUGUGCAGCAGUUGUUGUUUCAAGAUCAAAACGAUGUCAUCUCCGGACGUUGUCUCGCUAUUGGAGAGCUCGAAGGAGCUCGAUCGGGUAAGGAAAGAACAGGAGGAGAUUCUCUCAGAAAUCAACAAGCUCCACAAGAAGCUUCAGACUACUCCUGAAGUGGUUGAGAAGCCUGGGGAUACCUCAUUGGCAAGGCUUAAAGUGUUGUACACUCAAGCAAAAGAUCUUUCGGAAAGUGAAGCAAAUAUUUCCAGCUUAAUGUUAAGCCAAAUUGAUGGAAUACUCCCUACGGGUCCACAGGGGCAAACACGAAGAAGAAUAGGAAAAGAAGGUAAUGAGCAGAAAAGGAAACGAGUAAAGACUGAGUCAGAUAUUUCAAGACUAAAUCCUACUAUGCGAAAUCAUCUUGAAGCUUGUGCCAGUCUUAAAGGAGAACAGUUAAUUUCUUGUCAGGUGGCAGCUAGGGUCACACCACGAAAUGCUGAUAAGGAUGAAUGGUUUGUUGUAAAAGUGAUUCAUUUUGACAAGGAAUCAAAGGAAUUUGAAGUACUAGAUGAGGAACCAGGUGAUGACGAAGAAAGCAGUGGCCAAAGACAGUACAAGCUUCCCAUGGGAAAUAUCAUUGCUUUUCCCAAGAGUAAUGAUCCUUCUAGUGCUCAAGAUUUCCCACCUGGAAAACAUGUUUUGGCGGUCUAUCCAGGAACUACUGCACUUUAUAAAGCAACAGUUGUUCAAGGCCCUCGCAGAUUUAACUUUUGUGACUCAGAUUUCAUACUGACCAAUUUAUUUCCCAUGUUCUGGGUUAUUCUUCAACAUUUCGUAACUGUGCAGAGGAAAACCGAGGACUAUGUGUUGGAAUUUGAUGAUGACGAAGAAGAUGGAUCUUUACCUCAAAGGACUGUGCCCUUCCAUAAAGUGGUUCUUCUUCCAGAAGGACAUCGCCAAUGAGCUUUAAACUAUUUAUAGGUGUGUAUAAAGUAGAAACGACAUUAUUGCAUAUGUGCCAGUUGUGUACUAUGCUGCGUUAUGUUUUUUUCAAGAUUGACAUCCCAACUUGGUUUCAAGCAUGUAAGAAUGACAGCGUAGUUUACCACUGCGUAUAAAUGAUAAAUAGUUUGUGGCAACUUUGUUACA